AUGGGCUGUUGCUUUAGUGCCAGAAUCAAAGCUGAAAGCCCUCCACGCAAUGGUUCGAAUUCGAAGGAUGGUGGCAAAGAAAAUGGCUUGAGUGGGCGGAGCAGCGGCAAGGCCUCUGCUCCGCCUACUGCGCCUCCGACUCCUCGGACUCAGGGCGAGAUAUUGAAGUCUUCUAAUAUGAAGAGCUUCACUUUUAGUGAGCUGAAAACUGCUACGAGAAACUUUCGUCCUGAUAGUGUGGUUGGGGAAGGUGGAUUUGGAGCUGUAUUCAAGGGGUGGAUUGAUGAGCACUCGCUUGCACCGGUUAGACCGGGGACUGGAGUGGUCAUUGCUGUCAAGAGGCUUAACCAAGAAGGUUUGCAAGGACAUAGUGAAUGGUUGACAGAAAUCAAUUACCUGGGCCAGCUGCAUCAUCCUAAUCUUGUGAAACUUAUUGGUUACUGCUUGGAGGACGAACAUCGGCUUUUGGUUUACGAGUUUUUGACUAAGGGCAGUUUGGAUAAUCAUUUAUUUAGGAGAGCUUCUUACUUUCAACCGCUUUCUUGGACAAUCCGAAUGAAGGUUGCUCUUGACGCUGCUAAGGGUCUUGCAUAUCUUCACAGCGACGAAGCAAAAGUGAUAUAUCGAGACUUUAAAACUGCAAAUAUAUUGCUCGACUCGUCUUAUAAUGCAAAACUUUCCGAUUUCGGCUUGGCAAAGGACGGUCCCGCAGGUGAUAAUAGCCAUGUCUCUACAAGGGUAAUGGGCACAUAUGGCUAUGCCGCGCCUGAAUAUAUGGCCACAGGACAUUUGACCAAAAAGAGUGAUGUGUACAGCUUCGGCGUUGUACUCCUUGAAAUCAUGUCAGGCAAACGCGCACUCGACAACAACAGACCAUCCGGAGAACACAAUUUAAUCGAAUGGGCCAAACCUUAUCUCAACAGCAAACGGCGGAUCUUCCAAGUCAUGGACGCUCGCAUUGAAGGGCAAUACACGGUGCGUCAAGCAAUGAAAGUAGCUAACCUCGCGAUCCAAUGCCUGUCUGUUGAACCAAGAUUCAGACCGAAAAUGGACGAGGUUGUUAUAGCAUUAGAGGAACUUCAGGGUUCCUCUGAAGUUCCGGCCGGAGAAGCGGGAACCUCUCGAGAUCAUCAAAAUGUUAAAAGGAGUAGUCAUAGCUCAAGGAGCAAUGGUCCUAGACAACAUAGAAGUAAUAAACAAAGUGAAACAAUACUCAAUGAAAAAUGA